CGAGUCAGAUAAGAGACUCCUGUGAAUGUGGAAAUGUAAAAGUGCUGGAAGUUGAUGUUUGCAGUUCAUGAACCUGGGUUGAAGUUCAUUUCCACUGUUGUGUUUAGAAAGAUUAAAAACAUUCCUUUAAAAAAAGUACUUUUAUGAACGGGGUCCAGUAUCUGCCGCUAGGGUUCAAUUAUACUGGGAAGAUUUCCAAAAGGUAAUAGGUUUGCAUUUUGUUUUUUCAAAUGCACAGAAGAGAAAGUCAAACGUAUGUAACUUACGUAAGCAGAUAUUUCACCAGCUUAGUCACUUCUCAGUUUAUCUCUGUAGUACUUUGAUCUCGGAGGAUCUCAUGUGGUAAAACACUGAGCCCUGCCUGCCAGUGUAUCUUAAGACACGCAGCAAAAUGGUUCUUCCUCUUCGCUCCCUGGCCUGCUUCCUUCUCCUGGUUUCAGCAGCUGCAGCCCAGCAAGCUGGGAGAGUGAGCGAAUCCACGUCAGGUACGAAGACUCUGCAGCCCUGGUUAGUGGGGCUCAUUGCAGUGGUGGGGUUCCUGUUCAUUGUCUUCACCCUGCUGAUCGUUAAGAGACUCUUCUUCCAGAACGAUAAACCUGAAGGAGAUGAUGAAAGCAGCAUAGAUGGACAUGACAACCUGAACCUGCAGUUAGAGGAGGCCGGGAAGGUCAGCUCCCUUUAACUGGGACACAGAGCCAGUGUGUGUGAACUGUGCGUUCUCCACCAUGGCGUUCUGGAGCAAUUAACUUCCUGAAUCUGAGAUGUGCUCCGUGAAAUUUAGACUGGAGCAUUUGAACUUGUCUUGAUUUAUACCACUGCUGAGCUUCAUAAUGAACCUUGCUAUCACUGCGAGCUUCGAAAUUAUAAGGUGCAGGUGCAGCGUUAUACCAUUCAAAUCAGUGACGUAGCUAGGGGGUGGGUUUAAAGGUUUGAACCCCUGUCCCCCCGAAAUUAAUUAUUCAACUAUGUGGGACAAAAAAAAUAUCAGCCAUAAAAUCUUGAUCCAUCACCAGGGGAAAUUUCAAUUUUUUCCUGUUUUUUGUUAUUCAUUCAUUUGUAGAGUUUAUGGUUUCUAAAAUAAAUGAUAUAAUUGAAGAAUAUUGUACCACCAGUACCUUAUUAAAUUAUCACAUGAUAAAUGAUCCGAAAGGUAUUAUCCCACACUUCAUAUUUUCUUUAAACCAUUAAGUGCCAUUGUCCUCAUUUGAGGACAGGCUACUUUGUAAUUUUUUUAAGCAUUUUUAACUAGCAUCUACCUGAUAUUGAAAAUGUUUAAUUAGAUUGUUAUAACUUACUCUAAUUUUGCUAACGGUAAACGUUAAAUCUAAAUGUAAAGUAUCAAAUUACGUAAAUAAGCCUGUUUUAGUUUUUUUUUUCAAAUUAAAAAUAAUUUGGUACUUCA